AAAAGACUAGAAUUAGUAAGGUCGACAGUCUUGACUACCACCAGCUGGACAGUUGCAAAUAGUUUAAACCAUGCCGGAAGAAGGAAUAUGAGCGAAAAACACAGGAAAUAUUCGAUACCACCUCAACAAGAUAUUGGAUAUUAAGAGCGUUUAACAAACGUUGCGGUACGGGUAUGCCAAGAGACAAAGCUGUUUGCGAUAUUUUAGAUGCUUCUUUUUACAAAUCUCCCUACCGCGACAGAAGGAAUGAUUUUUCCCCACGAGAAUUAACUCAAUGUCUAAGAGAAACUACCACUUUAUACAUUGGAAAUUUAUCCUUCUAUACACGUGAAGAACAAAUUUGGGAACUAUUUAGCCGAGCCGGUGAAAUCAAACGUGUUAUUAUGGGUCUACACAGGUUUAAUAAAACUCCAUGUGGUUUUUGUUUUGUGGAAUAUUGUACAAGAGACGGUGCAGAAAUGGCCAUGAGAUAUAUUAACAAAACUCGAUUGGAUGACAGAAUAAUUCGCACAGAUUGGGAUGCUGGUUUUGAAGAAGGAAGACAGUAUGGAAGAGGAAGAAGUGGCGGACAGGUACGAGAUGAAUUCCGUAAAGAUUAUGAUGCUGAACGAGGUGGUUAUGGAAAGUUAGCUCAAAGAGAAGGAGAAUAGCUCUCUUUAUUGCUUAUUAUAUAUAUAUAUAUAUCUUGUAUUUUAAUAUUAUAAAAACAAAAUAAUACUAAUGUACAUACAA